AUGUCAACUGAGGGACAGGUGUUUAUAAACAAUGAUUGUUUCGUUUACUAUGAAGUGUUUGGAUCGGGACCACAGGUUUUGUUGAUGAUUCCCGGAGCCAUAGGCACCGGUCGUACCGAUUAUAGUGAACUGUUAAUUGGUUCAAAUGCAUUGGACCAUGAUCAGUUUACAUUGGUCGCCAUUGAGUUGCCCGGUUGGGGCCGAUCCCGACCACCCCAUAGACAACACUCAAGCAAUGUAUUUACAAACGAUGCCGACUGUUGUGUCCAAUUAAUGCGGUCACUGGGCUAUGAAAAGUUUCAAGUGUUGGGCUGGUCUGAGGGUACACGAGUGGCACUGGUAUUGGCUGCCAAUUAUCCGGAUUUGGUUACCGCAAUGGUUGGACUAGCGAUGACCCCAUACGCCAGUGAUAUGCAAAUGAAAAAUAUUUCCUAUACAGUCGACACUAGUAAAUGGAGUCGUGAUUUAAUUGAUAGAUAUCUUAGGGUUUAUAAGGAUAGACAUGAAAUACAACAAUUAUGGGAACAGCACACACUGUUUAUCGGAAACUUUCUUAAAUGGUUUCCCAAUGGUAUCUGUAAUAAUAAUUACGAUAGUAUUAAAUGUCGUAUAUUUCUCAUACAUGGAGAUCGGGAUAAAUUAGUUGAAUUGGAUCAAAUUGAGCAUCUGCAAGCUAAUAUAGCUAAUAUAAAAGUUCAUAGAUUUCCAAUGGGUGGCCAUAAUAUGCAUUUAGUUUAUCAACAAGAAGUUAAACUAAUGGUAGAAAAUUUUUUACUCAAUAAAUAA